UCUAUAAAGCCCUGCCCAUUAAUUUGAGAAAAUGGCGUUUCUUGGCGGAAAAACCGAUGUUAAAGGUCUUCUUAACAGACUGACUAACAAGAAGGAGCAGUCACGUGGAGCCUGUUCUAAAUGUGGCUAUUCUGGUCAUUUGACUUUUGAGUGCCGAAACUUCCAAAGGGUAGACCCCAACAAGGAACUCCUUCUGGACGUGAGUAGUACCUCAAGCGAGGAGGAGGAGGAGAAAGAAGUAGUGAGUGUUUCGUCAACUUCUUCCAUUGAUAGCAGCGAAGAAGAGAGAAAGAGACAGAAGAAGAGGAGGAGGGAGAGGAGAGAGAAGGAGUUGAGGCGAUACAGUGACAGCAGUGAUGAGGAGGAGACGAGGGAGAGAAGGAAAAGAAAGGACCGUGGCAGAGGAGCAGAAGAUGACAAAGAGAGAGGAAAACGUGAUGACAGAAGGAGAAGAAGAGAAUCUUAUUCAUCAAGUGAAGAAGAUGAAGGGAGAAGACACAAGUCAAGAUCGCCAUUACACAAACGAGAAGCUGCAAAGAAUAAAAAGCAUAAGAGGGAGAAAGAGAAAUCCAAAUCUUCUCACAAACACAAGAAAAGAAAGCAUAGACAUUGACUUGUUGCAUAAACAUUUUUAAUAAACUUAUUGAAUGCUGUGCAUGCAAUAGAUAAUAAAAUAAGACACGUUAUUAGACUGUACUUUGCCUUAAUGAUGAUCUAAUUUUUAUUAAUUUUGAUUAUUACUAAACUUGA